AUGAUAACGAAGAAUGAUGGUGAUGUAGACGACAACAACGACGAAGACGAUGAUAACGAAGACGAUGAUGAUGAUGUAGACGACAACAACGAGGGAGACGAUGAUAACGAAGACGAUGAUGAUGAUGGAAUUGAUAACGAAGACGAUGAUGAUGAUGUAGACGACAACAACGACGAAGACGAUGAUAACGAAGACGAUGAUGAUGAGGAUGGCAACAACGACGAAGACGAUGAUAACGAAGACGAUGAUGAUGAUGUAGAUGACAACAACGACGAAGACGAUGAUAACGAAGACGAUGAUGAUGAUGUAGACGACAACAACGACGAAGACGAUGAUAACGAAGACGAUGAUGACGAUGUAGACGACAACAACGACGAAGACGAUGAUAACGAAGACGAUGAUGAUGAUCCCCAAACUUCAUUUAUGGACUCUGACUGUGAUGCUUCAGCUGUCUCCAAACUACUGGCUGCUGUCGCCCCACCCCUGUUCUCAGAACUCCAGAGACCACUCCCAACCUUUCAUUCUUCAAGCAGACGGUGGGGAGGAGUUGGUGCUGAAGCAGUCCUGCUUCAAGAGGACCCUUGCAACAGUGGAGUGCUACACCAAAAGUUCACUGUUCUGCCACAAAUUGAAGAAACACCAAAAGGGACUCCAUCAUUGAGAGGCCCUGCCCAGUCAAAGUGGCUCUCCACAAAUUUGACUGCUAUCUCCACCAACACCUCAUCCCAUCACUGCUGUUACACCGACACAACCCUCUCACCUUCACCCGUAUGCAGAACUCCAACCAACGCAUACUGA